AUGAUUAUUAGUAGCAGUAUAUAUAUUACUAAUAAAUUAUUAUCAAGAGUAACAUUGAAUAGGUAAGGAUCUAAUGUUAUUAUGAAAAUCUGUUACACUCUUUAAAGAUGUGAAGGAGUCUUAUGGUAGAAUUUAAAUCAUUAAUAGUUGCUUUCUAGUUUAAAAUUUUAACAAUCUUCAGAAUUAAAAUAUAUUAGAAAAAUAUAUCAUGAACAUAGAUCAUUAGACUAAGAAAUUUAAGAGAAUACGGAAAUUUGA